AUGUCUAAAAUCAACGCCACCUAUAGCUCGGGCUACUACCUCAGCCCCGACACGGACUACCGAAAGCUCGAGGAGGCCCAACGGGCGGAGCAGCGGCGGAAGCGCGGACGCCCCGGCGAGGAGGUCGAUCCCUUGGCGAACACCAAACGCCAGACCUUCGCGAUUCCGUUUAAUUUGAUUUGUGGGCAUUGCAAGCGGCAUAUCGCGCGCGGGACGCACGUCUACACGAAUCGCCGCGCGACCAAUCAGAAAUAUUUAAACGCGAUUCGGAUUUGGGAGUUGGAAAUUCGGUGCCGGUAUUGUCAAGGGCGGUGGUACCUUCACACGGAUCCGGAGACGCCCAAGGAGACGGGCGGGUAUAUCUGCGCGCGGGACUGCCAACGCGGCGAGGGCGACUUUUACGCCCUCAACAAACAAAACGAGGCGGUCCGAUCGGAAUGGGAGAAGGAAAAGGCUGAGGCGAAGGAAAAUCCAUUGGCGGCGCUUGAGCGGGAGAACGAGGCCGCCCGGCUGCUCGCGGAGCGAAAUCGGCAAAUCGAGGCCGACGUCAUCGCGAACGCGGAGGGAGAUGAUGUGGGGUUGUUGGCCGCCGUGCGAGCGCGGAAUUCGAUCAAUACUUUUCACGAGGGAUCGUCAUCGGGGUUGAUGCUGAACUCCACGACGGAUUUUGCGCUUUCCGAGGAGGAAGCAGCGAACGAAGAAGCGGAAUAUCAACGUUUUGAGGCCGAAAUGCGGCGACAAUGGCAGGAUCAACAUGGUGGAGAUGAAAAUGAAAAGGGGCCUGCAUUUGCGAGCGACUAUGAGGAUGGAGUGCGGUGGGGAGAGCAAUCGUCUGUGAUCGAAGGGCCUGCGAUUGCUCGCGAUGCGUCUGAAUUAGCGGAGGCGCUGCGGAACUACGGCGAUGGAGUUCGCUUUGGGGGUUUGGAUCUCACUAAUAAUAACAGCAACAUCGCACCUGAAAAUGGAUUUAGUGGUAGUAAUAGCAGUACCAGCUCCAGUGCAGCUCAGUCUGUCGUGAAAAGAACCUUCAAAAACGCGUUUAUACUCGAAGAAGAGGGUGAUAAAGUUGUUGAUUUACCCACAAAGCUAAAACAAGUGCGUGUGGAUGCAAAUAGCAGUGUAAGACCCCCACAAUCCUCUACGCGGCCUGCUUCUGGAUUGAAGAGACCUGCGCCGCGGAGUUCGUUGUUGAAAAAUUUGCUAGAUGAUGAUGAUUCCGAUUAG